AUGGGACUUCUACAUCAAGCAGCCAAAUCUGGAGACUUGGCACAAGCCAAAGAAGUGCUGAUUGAUCCUGAAUCUGAUGCUCUAGAAGAAGGAAUACAUACAAAGGAUUUACAUGAUCAAACGGUGGUUCAUUUGGCCUCGAAAUAUGGUAAUCUGGAACUGUUUGAGAAGAACUCGUGGAAUGUCAAAUCGAACUUGUACUCUUUGCGUAUGGUAGGCCACAGCAACAUUCUGGAAUGGGCACUCCAAGCAGGAUGUGAGAUCAACGCUCAGACUGUUGCUGGAGACACACCACUGAUCCUAGCUACCCAAACAUCUCAAACGUCAAUCAUCAAACUAUUGACUACGAAACGUGCUGAUGCGAACGACCACGGAAACACUGCUCUCCAUUACGCCUGCUUUUGGAGGAAUCUAGAAGUUGCACUCCAUUUGCAAAGUUGCGGAGCCCUCGUGCGAGUCAAGAACAAACAUGGCAAGACACCGUUACAGUUAACUAGUGAAUCUAUAGCGCUCAAACUGGGAGAGCUUGCUGUCGCUGUGGAAGAUACAGUGGUCGAAGCUAAAGCUCGCUCGACAACUCAUGUCAUGGAAGAAAACAAGGCACGAUUUAUGGUCAAAGCUGCUGUUGGCUGGGAAAUACCGUCUACGAAUGCCGUGCUGUUUCUCGAACCACGGGGCAAGACUCAAUACGCUGAAGUCCACAAGGGUCAAUGGACGAACUAUACCGUGGCAAUCAAGAGACUGUUGGAUCAGCAGAUGGCUGAUGACGAGAUCAAAGCCAUAAGGACUGAAAUCUCUGCUAUACGGAAACUGCAACACCCAAACAUUGCUGCUAUACGAGCUGCAUGUGCCACACCUCCAUAUGUAACGACUCUGAUUGAAUGGGCCGACAAAGGAACUUUAAAAGAGUUUCUACACAAUCCAAAUCAAGAAAUGGAUCAAGACUUUGCCAUGAAGAUUGCUAAAUCUGUUGCUAAUGGUAUGGCGUAUCUACAUUCUCAGACACCGUCUGUGCAUCAUCUCAACCUGAAAUCUAGCAAUGUCUUGGUCAUGUCAGACUAUACAGUCAAAGUUUCUGAGUAUGGAUACAAUGACUCACCGCUACUAUCACGAAACAAGAAUCAACAACAAUUGUUUCACCCGGAAUCAAUUGCUCCGGAACUGUUACGGAAUAUAACAGAUCCGAAUAUCGAUUAUGCUGCUGCUGAUGUGUACUCAUAUGGGAUUCUGCUGUUUGAGAUUGUGACGAGAACACCACCCUAUGAAGGAAUGAAUCCCAUGCACAUUGGUAUAAAGGUUUUGUUGGAGGGUGCAAGACCAGCUCUGCCCGAAUAUGUGCCGACUGAACUGUCUGAAUUGAUACAACAAUGUUGGACAGAUCUCCCAGCAGAUCGUCCAUCAUUCUCUGAAAUAGUUCAAAUCCUGUCACAAUUCAAUACUAGUGAAGACUCUCGGCCAGCUGGUAUUGAUGAUGAUGCACCAGUCCCGUUACCAAAGAAGGUGCCGCGGGUUAUCAAUAAUCGACCUGCUAUGGACUCUGAGGAUGAGUUGUCUACCGAUCGGGAUCGUGCUUUUUGA